AUGACGCAGACGGCAUUUGCAGCAAUCCUUGCAGAUGGCUCUGUUGUUACCUGGGGCAAUCCACAGCGGGGUGGCGACAGCUCCAAAGUCCAGGAUCAGCUGAGGAAUGUGCAGCAGCUUCAAUCUACAGAGCGCGCGUUUGCUGCGCUCCUUGCUGAUGGAUCGGUUAUCACCUGGGGGGACUCAAAAGCCGGUGGGGACAGCUCUGCAGUCCAAGGUCAGCUAAAGGGUGUGCAGCAGAUUCAGGCCACAGACGGGGCCUUUGCAGCGAUCCUGGCAGAUGGAUCUGUUGUGACAUGGGGCGAUGCAGAAUAUGCUGGUGACAGCUCGCCGGUGCAGCCGCAGCUGCGAGGCGUGCAGCGUUUAGCUGCGACGAAGCGCAGCUUCGUCGCGCUGCUGCACUCGGGGUCCCUGGUGACCUGGAGCCGUCCCAACGUCAGCGGCAUCAACACCUUGGUGCGAGCCCAGAUUCAAGAAAUGCCGGCUCAGAUGGUCCUGGCCACCAUGGCACAGUUGCGAAGUUUGAGAAGAGAUGAUGAGGAAUAUCGUUUCUUUGACAUCACCAGCAAGCUGCUGGGUUGUCGCCGGAUCCGGCCCUACAUCACCUGCAAGAUUCGUUGGGGCUCGCAGGAAACUGAGACGAAGCGUUCUCCCCACAUCGAAGCGGAGAAUGGCGACGCCUACUGGGGCCGCAAACUCCUCUUCCCUUUGGACCAGGACUUCUGGAAGAUGCAAAAUUUCAAGGUGACGGUGGAAGCCUUCGACAAACGCGAGUUGCAGGGCGCCCUGCGGGGGGAUUCGCUGAUCGGCCGCGGGGAGCUGCACUUGGACUCCGCACAGCUGGGAGCUGCACCGCAGCGAAAGGUUCCUUUGACGCUCCGGGGUCAACCUGCUGGGGAGCUGUCGCUACAAUUCCAGAUCCAAGCACCUCAGGAAGCGUUGCACAUCAUGGCGCACAGCUCUCAUGGCAGCCUGGCGGCGGCUGCCAAGGCCUUUGCACAGACCUUGAGGCAACAGGGCGCCCUGGAUCAACUGCUGGCCUCGCGGCCGCAGGUGAUGUGGGACAUGCCACAGGAACGUUUGGCCGCAAUCCACAACCUGCUGGGCAGCUGGCUGUCAAAGUUCUGCCAGCAGAGCCUGCGCAUGACGGGGGACGAGACGGACACCACGGCCAUUGAUGCUUUGUGGCAGCUGGCGCGCUCGGCGCAGGAAAUCAUAGUUUGCUGCACCGAACUUGCGGAGGAUGAGGACAUCCCAGGUAUUGUGGUGCAAUGGCUGAGAAACUACUUCUCUAGAUGCACCCAUGAGGAUGCUGAACUCAAUGAGACACGCUUGCGGGCACUUCUUGCAAUGCAUCAAGAUCCAUCUGCUGGCAAACGUCAGAUCGAUCCCUGGGCCCGCUUGCAAGAGUAUGGUGCUCGCCUUCCCGAGAGCUCCCCGAGGGACCUGGCCUUCGCCUUGGCGUCACGGCUGGAGGAAGCGGCACGGGGCAAUGAGGCCGAGGUCUUCACUUGCGAGGACAUCGUUCAGAAUGGACGUUUGACACCUGGUAUGGCUGCGGUGGUGCGCAGGGACCCUGAUUCGGCGGGUCGAAGCAGCGCUGUGAGUUUGAAUCGGGAGCGAGCAGCAGCUCGUUCGAGGCUAGCAGCCGAGCAACUUGAGGUGCUGUCGCAACGCGAGGCCGCCAGCGCCACUGCGUUGGACGAAGCGAAUGCGCAGCUGAAGAAGGCCAACGAUGAAUACGAUGCGCUGGAAGCACAGCUUCGGAAAGGUGACAAGAAAGUGCAAACGCUGCUGGGUGAGAUUGAGAAGUUGUCCUCUCCCAUGCGCAAUGCCGGUGCCAGUGGUGCCACAGUGGUGCACCAGGGCUCGCAGGGCGGUCAGCCGGGUCAGCCGGGUCUGCGGCUUCCCAUUGACCAUCCCGUGGCGACCCGUGCUGCUGAGGUGAGCAGAUGA